CGCAGCACUAUUAUAUUCGCAGAUCGCGUCACUCGAGUUUGGGUUGGGUUGCAGUCGUUUGUUAAUUCAAUUGAUAGCUUUCCUAGUGGGCAAAUGCCCGUAAAGAUACACAUUCGUCUAAAAAUGUUAGUCUUUAAUAGAUAGAUUAAAUAUGGAUUGAAAAUUGGAUUUAACAUUGGACUAUUUCUGCCGUUCUAUUAUUCACGGCUGCACAUUUGUACAAAACCUUUGUUGGGCCAAAUGGCCAUUUCGAUCAGGUGGCCACCGGACUAAUCCUGAGAAAUUAUUUCAAGGGAUAGAUAGAUCGUUGUCAUUGAGAAGGGCAUUGUUACAAUACCACUGCAACAGGUCUCCAGUAAAGACGACAUCAAUAAUUGUGUAACAGGAGAAUGUAAAUUAGAGAGGCACUCGUGCGUAUAAUACACGGGGGCGACAGAAAAAAGGAAUAAACUUGAUCUGAUGUCACUGCUCUGUUGGGUUAUCGAAUACGUGAAGGAUUUGAUAUCCUCGAAUCGAAGAUAGCAAUAGCCAACGUUGCAUGCGAUACGGAGCCAAUAUGAUGCCGAUGUUCCUCACCGUGUACCUCAGCAACAACGACCAGCAUUUCACAGAGGUGCCCGUUACCCCGGAAACCCUGUGUCGUGAUGUGGUGGAGCUGUGCAAGGAGCCCGGGGAGGGAGAAUGCUACCUAGCUGAAAUGUGGCGAGGUUCAGAACGCGCCAUUAGUGACGGAGAGCGAAUGCUGGACGUGCUCCAGCAUUGGGGACAGCAGAGGGGGGAGGUUCGCUUCCUCCUGCGCCACGAACGGGCACCCUGCAGAGAGUCGGGUGGAUCAAGGGUUUCCGAUCACUCAGCCAAAAGGAACAUGGUCAUGGUCCCUGUGGACCGAUGCAUGGAAAAUGGGGUGGCACCGCCUCGCAUGGACAUCACCCUCUCGGAGCUGCAGGAGAUGGCGUCACGGCAACAGCAGCAGAUCAAUUCGCAGCAGCAGCUCCUGGCCUCAAAGGAGCAGCGUCUGCGCUACCUGAGGCUGCAAGAGCAGCGGCAGCAGCAGGCGUCAGAGCAGGAGAGACUACGUCAGCUUCGUGAGAACGCUGAGAACCAGGAGACCAAGCUGCGGCGGGUGCGGGCCCUCAAGGGUCAAGUGGAGCAGAAACGCCAAAGCAACAGCAAACUGGUGGAGGAGAUAGAGCAGAUGAACGGGCUGUUUCAGAGUAAGCAGCGCGAGCUCCUGGUGGCCGUCUCCAGAGUGGAGGAGCUGAGCAGGCAGCUGGAGACAGUGAAAAGCGUCAAGGUGGAGUCUUCUCAUGACGGCCCGAGCUCCGCCGGCGAGCUGGAACGUCUUUACAAGGAGCUGCAGCUGAGGAAUAAACUGAACCAGGACCAGAGUGCCAAGCUGCAACAGCAGCGUGAGAGCCUGAGCAAGCGCAACCUGGAGGUGGCCACCAUGGACAAGCGAGUGGCCGAACUCCGCGAACGCCUGUGGAAGAAGAAGGCAGCGCUACAGCAGAAGGAGAACCUGCCCUGUUACCCAAACAUUCUCCAGGUCCCCACAAAGAGCCAGGCCCUGCAGCCGUGUGGCCCCUCCAGGGUGGCGGCCGUGGGCCCUUACAUCCUGUCCUCCACCGCGGCCCCAGGGCCUCCGGUGCCCAGCCGACAGGAGCUCCUGAUCAAGCCUGCCUACCCCGACGGCACGACCACCUUACCAAUGCCAGACUCCUCCAUGAAGGCCCCUCCUAGACCGCUUAAACCCUACUCAGGUUUCCAGUCAUCCAAGAUGUCCAAGCUGUCCGACUGGUCCAGCUCCAGUGCGGAGUCCAGUGGCAGUCAUCAUGGCAUGUCCUCUACUCUGCCUCGCAUGUCCAGCCUCUCCUCACAGGGCUCAGGAGAUGCCGAGACCCUCAAGGACCAAAAGGGGCGUCACAUUUCUAUGUUUGAAGCCCCGCCUCCCGUCCCCUCACGGAACAAUCAGAGCAGCGAGGACCUCUUGAGGGAUGCCCAGGCUGGUGGUAAGGCUCUGGGCAAGGUGCCACCUCCUAUCCCUACCAAGCCCCCGACCUUCGGCAAACCGCCCUACAGCACGGGCACCUUCCCGGGCAAGGCAAAACCGUCCGCCUCCCUCCAUCUGUGUGCACCUCCUCCCAUCCCCAUCCACAGCCACACCCUGCCUCUGCCCCCCAAGCAGGAGGCUCCUCCAGCGGCCACGGUGCGCCCCUUCACCCCCGAUCCUCCAGAGUCCACAGUGGCUGUGCCUGUCCUCCAGAAGCCACAGACUGUGGCGGCCUCCUCCAUCUACUCCAUGUACACCCAACAGCCCAGGACAGGCGGGGGCACUCUGACACGCACGCAGCCCAGAGUGUAUGGAAAGCCAGUUAUCCCAGGCAGUGGGGGGCAGCAGUUGCUCCUUCAGGACUCCAUCUAUUCGGGGGCCGGCGAUUUCGAAGUGGACCAGGGGGGUCCCGGUCUAGCGCCUCUGGCCCCUGAGAGCCAGGGGGGCCAGGAGACAGAACGGGCCCCUCGUCCCCUCAGCCCCACCAAGCUCCUCCCCUUCAUCUCGCACCCCCACCGGCACCCUAGCGACGCCGACCUGGAGGCCCUGCGCCGCCGGCUGCACCAUGCCCCGCGGCCCCUCAAGAAGCGCAGCUCCAUUACAGAGCCUGAGGGCCCCGCGGGGCCCAACAUCCAGAAGCUGCUCUACCAGAAGACCACACUGGCAGCCAUGGAGACUGUUGUGGCGUCUCCCUACGAGGGUGAAGGUGGAGGAACAUGGAAGGAGGGCGCCAGUGCCGUUGGAUUCCGAGACCGCGCGGUUAUGUCCCAAGUUUUUGCCGCCGCAGCGUCCCUUGCCGAGACAGAGAAAGAUGCACAAGUGCCUCCACCUCAGCCGCCCCGCUCGCCCAUCCCAGAGCCCUCUUCCUCCUCCAGCCACACACUGCCCCAGUCACUGGAGGAGGAAGAGCCAGAGCCCUGCCCCCCGCCCCCCCAUCAGACAGAAGCCUACCUGGAGGAGUACCCACCCUACCCGCCCCCUCCAUACCCCAGCGCGGGGGAGCAGGACCUGGGGGAGGACACCCUCAGCAUGCAGGCUCCGGAGGUCACGGGACAAGUCACUCUGCCACCGGGCAAGAGGACCAACCUGCGGAAGGUCGACUCGGAGCGCAUCGACCACGGCAUGCGGGUGAAGUUCAACCCCCUGGCCCUGCUGCUGGACUCAUCACUGGAGGGCGAGUAUGAUCUGGUGCAGAGGGUCAUCUAUGACGUGGAUGACCCCAGCCUGCCCAAUGACGAGGGCAUCACAGCCCUGCACAACGCCGUCUGCGCCGGCCACACCGAGAUCGUCAAGUUCCUGGUGCAGUUUGGCGUGAACGCCAACGCCGCCGACAGCGAUGGCUGGACUCCGCUGCACUGUGCGGCCUCCUGUAACAACGUGCAGGUGUGUAAGUUCCUGGUGGAGUCCGGGGCUGCUGUGUUCGCCACCACCUACAGUGACAUGCAGACAGCGGCAGACAAGUGCGAGGAGAUGGAGGAGGGCUACGCACAGUGCUCCCAGUUCCUCUAUGGUGUACAGGAGAAGAUAGGCAUCAUGAACCGUGGGGUGGUGUACGCCCUGUGGGACUACGAGGCCGAGGACGACGACGAGCUGGCAUUCCAGGAAGGCGACUGCAUGACUGUGCUGCGGCGCGAGGACAAGGACGAGAUGGAGUGGUGGUGGGCCCGCUGCGGAGACCGAGAGGGCUACAUUCCAAGGAACCUGCUAGGGCUGUAUCUGAGGAUCAAGCCACGGCAGAGGAGCUUGGCUUAAAUUAUAUCGGCUCACGUUCCACCCUACUCGCUGACAACAACUCCGACUUGAAGAAGUUGAGGAACAAGAAGUUACUUUAGAAAGGCGAAUGAAGAACUUUAAUAGUCCAGCACUACAUUUCACGCUUCUGGUCAUUUGGAUGUCAAAGUCAAGCAUUACACUUCAAUCUUUUGGUCUUUUGGACCUGUCUGUGAAGGACCAUAUCAUGCUAAAUGGUUUUCAACCUAUGUAUGGAUAAUAUACACAUGGUCACGCUGUUUCCUUUUCACUGCAGGAAUGUAUACACCGUGCAACAUUCGUAAUGGACACUUCUGGACAGUGUUUUUUUUGUAGACGUGUGAUUUUCUGAGCAGAAUCUAUUUGUUAGGGUUUGUAACUGUGGCAGUUGGAAAUGUAAAGCUUUUUCUACGUCAUGGCAUUUUCCAUAAUCUUACUAUCAGGUUAUCACAAACAAUCUUGCUGUGGGUAUACAGUGCCUUCAGAAAGUAUUCAUACCCCUUGACUUAUUCCACAUUGUGUUACAGCCUGAAUUCAAAAUGGAUUACAUUUGUUUAUUUCUCACCCCAUCUACACACAAUACCCCAUAGUGAGGAAAAAAAUGUUUUGUAUUGAAAAUGAAAUACAGAAAUAUCAAAUUAACAUAAGUAUUCACACCACUGAGUCAAUACAUGCAAGAAUCACCUUUAGCAGCGAUUACAUCUGAGUUUUUCUGGGUAAGUCUCUCUCUAAGAGCUUUGCACACCUGGGUUGUACAAUAUUUGCACAUUUAUUUUUAAAAAAAUCUUCAAGCACUGUCACGUUGAUCAUUUGUAGAUCACCAUUAUCAAUUCUUGCCACAUAUUUUGAAUCCGAUUUAUGUCAAAACUGUAACUAGGCCACUCAGGAACAUUUGAUGUCUUCGUAACCAACUCCAGUGUAUAUUUGGUCUUGUAUUUUAGGUUUUUGUCAUGUUAAGUUGAAUUUGUCUCCCAACGUCUGUUGGAAAGCAGACUCAACCAGGGUUUCCUCUCGGAUUUUGUCUGUGCUUAGCUCUAUUCUGUUUAUUUUUAUCCCAAAAAAC